AUGUCAUCUCCUUCAAGCUCCUCACAUGCGGGCAAGCGUAAACGUCCAGCAACCUCGAGCUCUGCUAAGAUGGACGAAAACCCUCUAUUGCAGCCCUCCUCGAGAGACGCAUCUGGCGAAGAAGGAGAUACCACAGCGCCCGAGUCCGGAAAGCUAUUACACCGCAAGUCGGAAUCUGCUUCCAACUCGAACCCGGCGAAACGACAACGUGCUAAUUCCGAUCGUACCUCUGCCCUCGAGGCAGCUGGCCAUACCGUAGAUCCCGGUGAGCCAAGCGACACUACCGAAGCGAGCAUUGAUAUCGCCGAUCGAGUCACUAGGAAGAGUAGGAAACCUACUACCCUUAGGGAUACCAUGACACAAGAUGAUGAGAGGAGGAAGCAAGCUGCUAUGCUACCGCCUCCAACCGGGCGUCUUGUACACCCCGUUGGAUACAAAACGAACCCCCCACCCGCUGGACGCACUAUCCGGGUUUAUGCUGAUGGUGUCUUUGAUUUAUUCCAUCUCGGUCACAUGCGCCAGCUUGAGCAGGCGAAGAAGGCAUUCGACGACGUUUACUUGAUGGUUGGUGUUACAGGCGACGAAGAAACACAUAAACGCAAAGGCCUAACGGUUCUUUCUGGAUCAGAGCGUGCCGAAACACUCAGGCACUGCAAGUGGGUUGACGAAGUUGUCGAGAAUUGCCCCUGGAUUGUAACGCCGGAGUUCCUGGAGAAGCACCGGAUUGAUUACGUUGCUCACGAUGAUAUUCCAUACGGCGCAGCCGAAGGCGAUGAUAUUUAUGCUCCUAUUAAGAAAGCUGGAAAAUUCCUGGUAACACAGCGAACCGAGGGUGUGAGCACAACGGGUAUCAUUACAAAGAUUGUCCGCGACUACGAAAAGUACAUUGCUCGCCAAUUGAAGCGAGGGACAUCACGCCAGGAGCUUAACGUGAGCUGGCUCAAGAAGAACGAGCUCGACCUCAAACGUCAUGUCCAGGAUCUGCGUGAUAAUAUCAGAGCAAACUGGACUACGACAGGUCAGGAACUUAGCCGUGAGCUCCGUCAGUAUUGGCCCGCAAGUCGACCUCAAAGUCCAGCCCCGGGUGGCCGCUUUAACUUUCCUACCACACCAGGCCCUUCAAGUUCGAAUGGUGAUGUCAAUUUACGAGAGGCUGCUGCCAUGGCCGCUGCUGCCAAAUCACCCACUACGCCGGGCCCGUCAGGCGAGAGGACACCAGCUCCUAAUGAUUUUAUUACCGGUUAUACACUUGGUCUAAUUGGUGGCGUGAGGUCUUGGAUGACCAAGAAUCGUCGUAACCUCCGCGAUAGUCGGCCGCCAAGUGACGACGAUUCGGAGAGCGAGGAUAAGAACAUUAGCAACGACCACGGGCGGGUAGUCGCGUCCACUAGUUAG